AUCGCGCUUCUGCUGCUGCAGUCUGCAGACGGCGGCCGCAGCAGAAGCUGCCCUCCGCCCCCACAAGAAGUCUCGAUCCCCCCCACACUGCUCCCAACGCCAACGCACAGAGGAAUUUCGAGCCACUUCAAUUCCACGCAGACCACCUCUUUCACUCUUCUCUUCCCUCUCGCUUUCUUUCCUCUUGAAAAAGAUAGCGAGAGAGAGAGAGAGAGAACAAGCAGCGGCUAUAGCUAGGGGGGAGAGAGACGAAAGGAGGAGAGGCUAGGGGGUAGAGGCUAGUAAGCCUAGUAUAGAGGGGUUUCUUUCUUUUUUGCUUGGGAGAGAGAUUCUUUUAUAGUGGGAGGAGAAAGGGAGGGAGGAGGAGUACUAGGCUCUACUAGCGCCGUAGCUCUACUGGUGAUCGAAGUGGUGCGCAGCAGCAGCAGCAUCUUCGCGGUAUUCUCGCGCUUUUCUCGGAAGCUGGUUUUUAGCCGGUCGGAGGAGAGAGGUGAGCAAGCGUGGCGUCGUCGGCGGGGCGGCGCUUCCAGUCCGACUCCGGCGCGUUCGCGGGCUGGGUCGCGGCGGCCGGCGGGGGUGGCGGCCGAGGGGACGACCUGUCGCUCGGGUUCAAUGCUGCAGCCGCGGCGGCUGCGGCGCCGGCGGCCGCGUCGGCGGCAUCGCUCUGGGGACCUGUCGCCGCCGCGUCGUCGCGCCAGGCGGCGGCGCUCAACUACGGGUUAGCCGCCGCGGGCGGUGGUGACGUCGGGAUGGUGCUCGUCGCCCCCGCCGCGUCGUAUCAUCACCACAGAGCCGCCGCCGCCGCGGCGGCGGCGGCGGCUGCGGCGGCCGCGGCAGAGCCCGUGUUCCCGCUGCUCGGGACGGGGCAGUGCGCGCUCGACGCUGACACUGCCAAGUCGUCGGGCGCUGCCGCGGCGGCGGGGGUGCCGCCCGGGAGCGCCAGCGCCAUCCACUUCUGGCAGUCGCAGCCGACGACGGCCGCCGGAGCUGGUGGUGGCUCCGCCGACAAGAAGCCGCUCCCCAUGCUGGACUACGGCGGCAUCGGCGGCCCGGGAGGCUCCGGCGCGGCCACGUGCCACGACUGCGGCAACCAGGCGAAGAAGGACUGCGUCCACCACCGGUGCCGGACGUGCUGCAAGAGCCGCGGCUUCGACUGCCCCACCCACGUCAGGAGCACCUGGGUCCCCGCCGCGCGCCGCCGCGAGCGCCAGCAGCUCGCCGGCGCCGCCUCCUCCCCUCCCACUUCCUCCGCCUUCCCCGCCGCGACCACCGCCUCGGCCAAGAAGCCACGCCUCCUCGGCUCCCAGACCACCACCACCACCUCCCGCACCUCCACCUCCAACGCCACCACUCCUCGCAGCUUCGACACCUCCUCCAGCCACCAAGUCGCGUCGUUCAGGGACGCCCUGCCGCGCCACGUGCGCGCGCCGGCGGUGUUCCGGUGCGUGCGGGUGACGUCCGUGGACGACGGCGACGACGAGUUCGCGUACCAGGCGGCGGUGACCAUCAACGGCCACAUGUUCAGGGGGUUCCUGUACGACCAGGGCGCCGACGACGGCCGCGGCGGCAUGGCAUCCACCAGCAACGACGAGUCCAGCCACGGCGCCGGCGCCGCCGUGCCCAGCAUCUCCGACCUGCACCUCGGCAGCGCCUCGGCGGCGGUGCCACCGCACCUGUACAGCGGCGGCAGCGGCGGGCCGCUGAUCCUCGGCGGGUUGGGCUACGGCAACACCAUGAACUGAAAAACUAAUCGUGCAACAAGAUCGAGUAAGCAUGAGGUACCCAUUGAUUACUAUAAAAUCUCCUGCUUUUCUUUUCAUUGAGUAGCUUAGUUUAUGGAGUAGUACUGUCAUUGCUACUGAUAGUGGCAGAAUUCUCGUUUCUUGUUAAUGUUGCUGUUGCUGCAAUGGAGCAAGCUAUGUAGUCUUGUUAUUAGAAGCUGGGAAAUUAAAAAAGGUUCAAGCAUUUACAGGUUAA